CCCUCUUUAACCCGGAUCCGCGCACUUGUGUUCCAGAACGGGCCGGCAGCCACGCCACUCUUCUCCUCGCGUUUACUGGCGUGGAGCUGCCCUUUUUCUACCAUCACAACACCGCCUGGAAAUCGCCUGGGGAAGAUUAAUCUCUUGAUCAAUUGUUCGGUCUAAUGGCUAAGCGAAUGAAGUCAUGUCACAGAGCAGCAAAGCUGGCCCCAAAACGAAAACCAGUCAUGUGUCAAUUUGACAGUAUUCCGGAGGAUGUUCUGUUCAUGAUACUUCAGUUGUUACCGCUGAGAGAUGCUAUGCGUACCGGUGUUUUGGCUCAAAACUUGCUCCGAGCUUGGAGAUUCUACCCUAAUUUAGAGUUCACUACAAAGGCUCUGGGUCUGAACAGACGGGUGCACAAGGAAAGGAGGAGGGCAAAGUUUGUCAGGUGCGUUAACGGCAUCGUACGACAUCACGCUGGAACUGGAGUGAAGUCAUUCGUCAUCAAGCACAACCUCCACAAUCACAAGUAUGCCAAUUAUCUUGACCGUUGGAUAUACUUUGCAGUAAGUUCAGGUGCCAAAGAACUUACACUUGAUCUGCGUCCAAGGCGGGUAAUUCACCGUAUCCAGUACACUUUCCCGUCCUCGAAUUUUGCUGCUCCACAACCUACCUGUGUAGAGCAUCUCAAGCUUUGCUAUUGCUAUUUGAGGCAGCCAGCAUCAUUCAGUGGCUUAAGAAACCUGAGGACACUUGAUUUGAGCGUUGUAUAUAUAACUCAAGAAGAUCUAGAGAGCUUGUUGAGUUGUACCCUUUCUCUCGAACAGCUGAAGUUAAGUCGGUGCCCACAAAUAGAGCAUCUCAAGAUCUCUGAGAUGCUCUGUAAGCUAAACCACCUUGGUAUUCGGUUAUGUCCGUUAAAUACAUUGGAAAUCCGUGCUCGAAGUCUGGUCACCUUUGACUACUGUGGAUGGUCGAAUUUCAAAACUGUAAUAUGUGAGGCAUCUCUGUUGAAGGAGGCACGCUUUGAGUUGAUUGCAGGGGAUGCUGCAGAUUAUGCUCUUUCUGAACUUGCGCCUCUUAUGCCUAAUCUCGAGACAUUGUAUCUAGUUGGAUGUACCCAGAUGAUUAUUCCAGCGAGGGAUCCAACCAACAAAUUUUCUUCCCUCAAGCACUUGGAGAUGAAAAUGGACAUGUCAUCAAGGAAACAUGGUCUUCUCUGCCUUGUUUCGUUUCUUGAUGCUGCCCCUUUUUUGGAAAAAUUUAUUGUGCACCUCUAUGAAAAUUUGGUGUAUUAUGGGGAGGAAGCAGCGCUGAGAAGGCUUGAGAAACGUGAACCACAUAGAAAGCUCAAGGUUGCCAAGAUGAGUGGGUACGCUGGAACCAAAUCUAGCAUUGAGCUCGCACUGCAUAUCUUGGAGAACUCAACUGCCCUUGAGUGCCUGACUCUGGAUCCCAGGCUCGACAAAUUUGCGUAUAAAUACAUUUACUCUGAUGACGUAAGUGAAGUUACCUGGAAACUAUAUCACCUUUUCAUUUCCAAAUACCUUAGUAAGUCGGUCCCCUCGUAUGUUAGAUUAUCAUCUUCGUAAUCCUGGGAUGUGACUGCUCAUCACACGUGUAUUAUGCUACGUAUUUGUUUUCUUCUGCAUCGUAGUGGAAGAAUGUUUCAUGUGGAUUAUGUUUGAAAGAAUU